AUGGUUGUUUGUAAAACUUGUGAAAGCGAUGUCAACACUGUGUUGCUCCUACUGCUAGGAUGUGCUGUACACGGAGAACAGCGGACUAAGUUUAUUGAACGUAUAAAACGUAUGGAAAAUGAUUUGCAAGCAGCACUUGUGAGUCAAAUCAAAAAGGUAGUCGAAGAAGGUGACUGUGUUUUAGACGUAAAAACAUUGGAGCUAAUUUCAGGAGGCGAUCAAAAAACGCUGGUCUUAACACAUAUGGAGCGUAUAAUGAACGAACGUGAUAAGUAUGCGGGUUCUUUAUACGAAAUAUCCAGUGAACGAGAAAGUGAUGAUAGUAGCAGUAAAACUGGUUCUUCAUUUAUAUCAAAUGAAAUAAUUAGAACGGGAAAACAUGCGGAUAUCAAAUUCGAUGGCCGUAUGCCAUCACCAAAUUCAAUGGAAAGGCAUAACAAUGUAGAACUUGCAUCUGCUAAAGCUGAAGUUCGCAAGCUGAGAAAUAUGAUAGAAGAACGUGAAGAAGUGAUUGCGGAGUUGAAAGACCAAGCAGAAGCUCGAGAAGUAAACAUUUUGAAGAUGCAACAAGAACGAUUGGAACUGAUUAAAGAUGCUCGAGCGGCGAAAGAUUACCGUGACGAGGUCGAAUGUCUACAACAUAAGCUUGUAAACUACGACAAAUUAGAAACUGAUAAUGCAAAAUUGAAGGAGAGAGUAUCAGAAUUAGAAUUUUUUAAAUCUCGAGUGACGCAGCUGAAAGAAGAAAAUUCGUUGAUGGAAGAAUCUUGCUCUGUGCUAGAAAAUCAGCUGGAGCAAUGUCAACGCAAAGUAUCGAAUUACUUGAAUUUGGAAUUAAAAUUGGCUGAUUACCAGGAUCAAAUCAAGCAACAUCUUAGUAAUAUAAGCGAAGAUCAGAAAAAAAUCGAGAAUUUGUUAGUAGAAAAUGGCCAUCUUGAAAGAAAAUUAGAAAGAGAGCAAAAAAAGACUUCUGAUUUGGAGCGAAAACUAGGAGAAUACAUUAAUGGUGAGGUGUAUGACGUCCGGGAAGAUUUUGGUUCUUUGGCUACUCAACUAUCUGAUAAUGAUAAAAAACGAAUACUGGAAUUGGAACUGGAAAACAGGAAAUUAAAAACGAAGCUUGAAAGUAGCAGUGACUGCGAAGAGUCAGAUGAAAUGCGAACCAAACUACUGCGAACUGAAAUUGAACUUGUAGAAAAAAAAAAGCAAUGUGAAUUUUUAAGCAGAAAAGUCGAUGAAUUUAAAGCAACUUUAUCAAGAGUUAAUUCGGAACAUCAGGAGGUAUUUUGCAUAAAUUGGCAUCUUGCUCAGUUGUUAAAAUAAUC